GCAGUUUUGCGAUAAUGCAGUCUACGACAAAAGUCCUUCGAAACUAACAGUAUUUUCAAAAAACCAACAGCUAUGCAAAUUUUCAUUGUGUACGUCGCCGCAAUAGCCGCGGUAGCUUAUGCCCGACCAGGCGGUGAUUACGGACACUUGGAAUUGGCAGGCGGUUAUGAAGAUGGUGGACAUUAUGGAGGCCAUGAAGCCACCAGCUACCAGCAUGGUGGACUAAUAGCUAACGAGAUUGGCCACGGUGACGAAGGACAUCAUGAGGAGCACGUCGACUACCAUGCACCCGCUAAAUACCACUACGACUACGCAGUUCACGAUUUGCACACCCACGACAUCAAGUCCCAAUGGGAAACCAGAAACGGAGACAAAGUAAAAGGCGAAUACACCGUUGUAGAACCAGACGGUUCCAGAAGGAUAGUCUCAUACACAGCCGACAAACACACCGGAUUUCACGCCGUCGUCAAAAACGUUCACGAUUACUAGAACUUUUAUCGGGUAAGAACAAAAAAUUGUUGAAUAAAAGUGGCAUAAUAUCAAAAAUUGCGUAGAAAAAAGUGGUAGUAAAUUUACUAAUUUUAAAAUGUAAUAGUAGAUAGUUUAUUAACUUAUUAUUCUCAUUAAUUUUAAAAUUGUAUUUUGGAUAAAAGUUUUAAAGUUUAACUUAUAUUUAAUUGUAUUUAAUAAUUCUCAUAAUAAUUCAUAAAAUUGCACAAGGUUCAAACAAGUUUUCAAUGUUUAUUUUAUUAUUAGUGUUUACACUUUAUAUUAGUCAAUGCAUAUCAGUAUUUCAUAUUGCUACUGUACCAAAUUUUACUGAUAAUUAGAAAUAAACCAAUUUGAUAUUAUUAAGUCUAAAAUACCAGUACAUAUAAUAUAGACUAUAGACUAUUAUUAUGUCAAAAUUUAACUAUACCUAUAAAAUCUGAAAAAUGCAUAUAGAUCCAUUUUUUUAUUAAUCUGUAGGUCUGAUUGCACAAGUAAUUUUGAAUAGAUAAAGAUUUUCGUAAUGAUCUAAAAAUAUUUAUAAAAUCCUGUAAAUUUUAUGUACAUAUGCAAUUAUAACGAUGUAAAUAAUUUUCUGACUAACGAGUAAAAUAAUUGUCUUCAUUUUGUAUAUAAGUAACUAUUUUCUAUGGCCAAAUAUUAGCAUUUUCACAGCAAAUUCCAAUCUUUGAAAUAAACGAAAUAUAAAAAAAUAUAUAUAAAGUUCUGUUUAAUGAGCUAAAAAUGACGAAACAUGACAUGUGUCACAGAAUGGCAGGUUAGACGACUCGUGAAUAUUCCUUUUUGUAUAUUUUUUACGCGUAAUAUAAUAUGUAAAUCUUUUUGUGAGUUAGUGUCAGAUAUUUUGUGUACCUAUGUCUAGUUGUCUUCUCUAUAAAUAUCAACAUAUAUGUCCUAAUGAUCAAGACUUUUAAGAAAGCCUAUCAUAAAAAGUCAUGAAUGAGCUAUUUAUGACGUUAGUGGCAUUGGUGAGUUAAAUUUUCUGACGCCUUAGAUUUCUAGCCAAUUUUUCUUGUUUUUGGCCUGGAGUAUUUUUUAAGUCGGCUGCACUGUUUAUUUUCGAAUUUACAAACAUCUUCUACGACGUCCCUUUUUGGAAUUUCGUAGAAUGAUUCUGGUCUGAUAAAAUUGGUAGUAACUUAUUAUUCUUUCGCAAGAAUAUGAGCAAUAAGGUUACCAGCAAUUUUUUACCAGAAAAAAGUUAUUUUGUUGUGUUUAGCCAGUAGCUUAUGGAAUGUUGUUCUGAAGCUAUUCUCUUGUGGCAUUUUAAAAUCAAACGUUAAUAAAAUCAUUUUUUUGUAAAAUUGUGGCUUAUUUCCCAUUAAAAAUUGUUAUUUAGGAUAUGGAAUGUCUUUGUAAAUUUUUUCCUGCAGCCUUACUAAGCCUGCAGUCUAAGGCAUUCCAAAUUUUGGCCGAAAGGUUUAUUUCAUAGAUUCUUGAGCAAAAAACUUUGUUGCUAUUAAUUUCCCUUAUGGGUUUUUUUAUUGAUAUUCUUUCAUGUUUUAAACCAUUACAGUGAUAAGUGUAGACACCUCUUGUCAUUUAUCAUUUUACCUACUUUGUGUGAAGAAUUUUGUUUUAAACGUAUCAGUGAAAUUGAUUCUGCAGCAUAUCCAUGAGAUUUCAAAUGUGAAGGUAAAAUUAUUGGAUCUAUAUGUAUUAAAACGUUACUUAUUAUAUCUACAACAGUAAUGUUGAAAUAUAAUAUAAAAGCAUAGUGUGUGUAGAUUCUGCAAUCGAAAAAAUAAUUUUUUGAGGUAUUUUUACUUUUUUGUUUGUCGGUAAAUAAUGUUUUAUUUCCAUUAUUUCUUGAUAUUGGUUUAAUAAAUACAAAACGAUAUGUAAAGCAUAACAUUAAUAAGUCAAUUAAUGGAUACUAAAAGCCUAAAAAUACCUCAAUAUUUUAUAUUGAAAAAACAUGUAAAAUAAUUUAAACAAACAAUGUUUUUAUGUUAUAUCUUAUCUUUAUAAUCACUUCAUUACAUUAAGUAAGAACUAUUUCUUGCCUUUACAGUAGUAUUUGUUGUUUUGUUAUUGUUUAAUAGUUUAGGUAGUGUAUAUAUGAUUAUAAAGAAUCUUCAAAAAAAUUAAUAUCGUACAACGUACUGCAUAAAAGUUUUAUCUGUAAAAACACUCUAUUUUGGUAUUUGAUAAGUAGAAUUAAGUUAUUGUUAACACAUUAUUCUUAUUUUCUAUAAUUUUGCUUACUAAGACAGUUUGUUUUCGUUUUGAUUCAGACCAGACCACAGACCUCUCUGAAGAUCACAAUAGGGUGAAACGCAAGUAAGAGCAUAGUGGUUGUCUAUGAAAUAAAAUAAAAUAUUUAACUGUCUUUAAUUUUCUCUUUGCUAACUCGUAUUGUGAGUACAAGGAAUCAACAUUCAAUGAAAUUUUACCUAGAUAUAUUGAAGGGAGGUGAAUGCAUAUUGUAGACUAGGGAUGAGCAAAAUGUACCGGUUAUAACCUAAAACCGGUUUUUUUCUUCAGCAUUAAUCGGUUUUUCCGGUUGUUUUUUUUGUCCCGGUUAUAACCGGUUUCCUCUUUUUAAAGUAACAACUGGUGAAAAACCGGAUAAGUGGAAAAAAUACUGAAUUCAGAGAAAAAAUGGGAUAAGAAAUUUUAAGCUGACUGAAACCGAUUCACAACACUGGUGAUUGAUUUCUAUACUGAUAUGGACUGAUAUCGAUUUGACUGGAGUAUGGCAAACUAAAGAGCAAUGUAAAUGUAACCUAUUGUUCAUUGGCUAUGACUAAAAAAACCGAACACCGAUUUUUGGAAUAACCGGUUUUUUUGACCGGUUAUAACCGCCAGGUUAAACCGUUGGUAAAAAACCGGUAUAACCAAAAACCGGUGUUUUGUCAACAACCGCCAUCCCUAUUGUAGACUCCCACUUGUUUUAGGUUGUCACCAGAAUGUUGGUUCAAACGACAGAAGUUUUAAAUUUUCGGAUCUAAGAUUUCUCAUUGUGUUAAAUAAUUCUUAAUUUACACUUUAAGCUAAAAAAAAUCACAAGUCUCCUCAGUGAUAUUCUGAGUGACUUUGUUGUUCUGAAUAUUUGAUUGGGUUUAAAACCUUUCCAUAUGCUUUUUCUUGUAAUUUCUACAUCAAAGUUAGAGUUUUUGGUUUAAAGAAAUAAAAAAUAGUUAAAAAAAGAUAAAAUGUUUUAGGUUUCGAUCUGAAUUUAGUAAAUUUAUUUAGCAGAUCUGGAUUUAGAUACACCUUCGAUGUGUUCAUGGUUGUCGAUGUUUUUAAUACAAUUUAUAUUAUAUUUUUAUAAUCUUAUUGUAAAUAAUCGUGUUAUAGUUAUUGCUUUAUUAAAAAUGUUAUUUAUAA